UGUAAAACGAACGAAAAACACCGACAACUCAAGUCUAAAAUGACAACUCGUCCAUUUUGUUAUCGCUCCCAGUGGCAUCCACAACGUUCCGUAACUCUUAACACGUUAAAAUGUCGGGAGGCUUAGAUAUUUUGUCCCUCAAAGAGGAAGACAUUACCAAGAUGUUGGUAGCCACUACCCAUUUGGGUUCCGAAAAUGUCAACUUCCAAAUGGAACAAUACGUUUACAAGCGUCGUCCCGAUGGUGUAAACAUCAUCAACUUGGGCAAAACCUGGGAAAAAUUGGUUUUGGCUGCCCGUGCAAUUGCCGCCAUCGAACAUCCCCAAGACGUUUUCGUCAUCUCUUCCCGUCCCAUUGGCCAACGUGCUGUCUUGAAGUUCGCCAAGUACACCGACACCACCCCCAUUGCUGGCCGUUUCACACCUGGUGCUUUCACCAAUCAGAUUCAAUCUGCUUUCCGUGAACCCCGUUUGUUGGUUGUAACCGAUCCAUUGACCGAUCACCAACCCAUCAUGGAAGCUUCAUACGUCAACAUCCCCGUUAUUGCUUUCACCAAUACCGAUUCUCCUCUUCGUUACAUCGAUAUUGCCAUUCCCUGCAACAACAAAUCUCCUCAUUCCAUUGGUUUGAUGUGGUGGUUGUUGUCUCGUGAAGUUCUCCGUCUUCGUGGCACAAUCUCUCGCAGUGUUGAAUGGCCCGUUGUCGUCGAUUUGUUCUUCUACCGUGAUCCUGAGGAAGCUGAGAAGGAAGAAGCUGCAGCUAAGGAACUCAUGCCCGCACCUAAGGUUGAAGAAGUUGUCGAUCAUCCUGUCGAAGAAGCCACCAACUGGGCUGAAGAAGUUGCUGCCGAAGCUGUUGGCGGUAAUGAAGAUUGGAAUGACGAUACUGUCAAAUCCUCAUGGGGUAAUGAUGCCAACUUCUAAGAAAUUAAAGUUGAUUUCUUACUCAAAAUAUUGACCGAAAUAAAAAGUUUAUUUCUAUACAUCUUAA